UAUGUAGCAUAAGUUUAGCAGCAUUGAAGAAGAAGCGCGAGAGAAGCACGUAAACAUGGCUGAAUAGCCAGUGGUAGGUUACAGCAGCUGUGGCGUUUUCGUCUCCUUUUAUCGGGUUACAGUACGCUGUUGCUCCAUCUAACGAUGGACGCGUUACAAACCACCCUGGACGAGGUGGCGUUGGAGGGGCUGGACGGCAUCACCAUGACGGCGCUGUGGACGAGACUGGACACGCGCCAGCCUUCCUUCCCUCUCGCUUUAGAUCCUAAGACCAAAGAGUUUCUGUGGACGUCCUUGGUCUGCAGUGAAGACAUCAGCAUCUACCAGCUGCCCCAGGAAAGACCCCCUGUCCUCGUAUACGACCGGUUUCUAGAGAUUGACCCUGAAACAGGCAUCCAGGAGAUGCGGCGGAUGGCCACGCGGGAACAGAAACCAGAUGUGUACCCGAUCAGCGUGGUGACAGACGACCCAGCUGGCAUCCAGGGCUCCUGCCUCUACUACAGAGAGAGGAAGGACAUCAGUGGCCUGAUCAGAACCAAUGACUUCUCCCCGAAACUGACCCUAAAGCAGUCUCAAAGCAGGUGGGGGGACAAGCUUGUCCUGGUGGCAUCUCAGAAUGUGCGGUACCACUCUCUGAUUGGCUAUGAGGGGAACCCAGAGAUCAAGCUGAGUGAUCACUCCUACUGCAUCCUAGAGAGGCUGGGGCGAGCACGCUGGCAGGGAGAACUCCAGAGAGACCUGCACACCUGCGUGUUCAAGAUAGAUGCUGGGAAGUUGCAUUACCUGCGUAAGUCUCUGGACAAGAAUGGUCUGAUCACACUGCAGUCACACGUGGUGCGUCUUCCCUCAGGAGGACAGCAGGUGUCUAUACUGCUACUGCUGAAACGCUUCCAUGUAGACAGGAGAAGUAAGUAUGACAUCCUCAUGGAGACGACAUCCAACAUUCUCUCUCAGAUGCCCAACAAAACAUGCAUUAUGCUCAAACUGCGCGACCAGCUGCAUAUCUGUGACCGCACCUUUAAACGCAUGUAUCAGUACAUGCUGGCUGCUAAGCUGGUCACAGUUCUGACUCUCCCCCUUCAGGAGCUCAACCCUGAUGCAGGCCCCUGCAAGACCAAGAGAGGCACCAACAUUCGUGUACGCUGUCUAAAGCUUUUGAGGCCGUACGGUCAUAAAGAGAUUGACGAUGACUAUGAUGAUAAUGAUGAGGACGGUCCUGUUAGGAGGAGCACAAAAGGACAGGCGCGGGAUAUUGAACGGGACCUGCUGACCCAGGCUUAUGAGAUUGUGGUUCAGACUGGGCCUAAAGGUAUUUCUCAGUCAGCACUGCGAGAACAGCUCAACAUCGGCAAACUAGAAAGCAGGAUGGUCUGUAGAGUACUGGAGAGGAACAAUAUGAUUAAGGGUUUUAUGGAAGACGAGGGAAGACAGAGGACAACUAAGUACAUCAGUAAGCUCUAUGUGGAGCAGAGCGCCCUCAACCUGCAGUUCGCCAAGGAACGUGAGCGCAGUGAGAAGCUCCGCCUCCCUCAGCUCACCACACCCAUUGACGGAGAUGUGCACCCUGAAUGUACACUGCCCUGUCCUGAAGACACACCCGGUCCUGAAGACCUGCUCCAUCCCAAGCAGGAUGAGGAUAUACCCAAGGAUGACAGCAAAGAGCUAGGAGAGGGGCAGGCCAGAGGGCGAAUGUCAAAGGGCAGAGCUGCCAAGAAGUCCAAAUCGAUGAUGAAAGAAUCACCCACAAGAGGCAGUGUGUCAUCACCGAGUCAUUCCACACCCCUCAAGAUUAAGCAACCCCAACGACCACAGGCCACGGGCAAAUCCUUACGGAAAGCGGAGCUUAGUGAAGGGGUAGAGAAAGAUGAUUCGCUGCUGAGCCUGGAUGCAAAUACUCACCACGCCUGCAGCAUAGUCCACAACCAAUCAGAAAACGCUGAGGAGAGUGUGACUGUCGUUGAAGAAAUCCUCAGUAAGCCUGAGCAAAAUCCAGGAAAGAAAAGAGGGAGUGAACAUCAUGAGACGUACCGGCUACUGAAACGCAAAAACAUGAUCAUAGAGACGGUCCGAAACCAGAAGAUUAUAGAGGGCCUUUACCCGCUCCAGAGGAAGCUAAUGGAGGAGGAGAAACAGGAUGGUGUGAAUACAAAAGUGUGUAAGAAAAGUAUCAUCAGACUGACUCGAUCUCUCGCUCAAGAUGGCUAUCUCAAACUGUUCAGGACCACGGUCAUACAGGAUGGAGUCAGUAAGAAGGUGGAGUUUGUGGUUCACCCUUCUGUCACUGCUGAUGACCCGUUGAUGAAGAGUGCCAUCGAGCAGAUCCGCUUCCGCAUCUCCAGCUCCUACACAGUCCACCGAUUGAAGAAGGAGGAGGAGAAAGUGAGCUCCCUUGCACAGGAAACAGAUAAAGGAGAUUCUCAGAGCAGCGCUAAGAGUGUUCAGGGGAAAACUGAGGAGAAGAUGGGGGUGGAGGAGCUAAAGAACUUCAAACCCAGCAUAAUUCCAGGACUGAGUCGUUCUCUAGGUUUCCAGCCAAAGAUGCCUCGUUUUCGUGUGGUCCACACAUUACUGUGGUACCUGAUUUAUGGUCACCCCCUAAACCAGUCAACCCCUAAUGAAUCCCCCUCCCCCACCCUGACCCCUGAGUCAGGGGUGGGCAACAGUGCACAAGAUGUGCCCCCCUCCAGCACAGAGACAGACCCCACACAGGACACUCUCCACACGCCUGUAGAAGAUGAUCAGUUUAAGGUCUAUGUGAAUGAGCUUAGUUGGAAGCGUUUUAUUCCUCCUCUGCCAGUCCACAGGGAUUAUGGUCACGGAUGGGCCUUGAUCAGCGACAUCCUCAUUUCACUCCCCCUCAGUGUGUAUGUCCAGGUCAUUCAGAUAAAUUACAAGGUGGAUGGUUUAGAGGACUUCCUGAAUGAUCCAGUGAAGCAACACUACCUGGUCAAAUUCCUCCCGUCCAGCCUCAAAACGCAGCUACUCCACAGACGGAAGUACUUUUUCAGUUUCUGUGAGAGCUUGCAGAAGCUCUGCUUCAUGGGUCUUCUGCACUUUGGACCAACUGAGAAGUUCAUGGAUAAAGAUCAGGUGUUUAUUUUCCUGAAGACACGCGCGACCAUUGUGGACACUACGGUGUGUGAACCCCACUAUAAUCUGGCCAUUGAGACGCGACCGUUUGACAGACGCCGAUACACCUUCAGCACCCCGCAGGACCUGGAGAACUACUGGUUCGACCUGCUGUGUGUGUGCCUCAACACGCCUUUAGGCGUGAUCCGUGCACGUUCACGUCAGGGUGAGGGAGAUGAGGACAGAGAGGGGGAGGAGCCAGAUGUUGCUGUGGGAACAGUGCGUCAUGAGCGACUGCAGUACACAUUAAAUGGGAGUCGUGAUGUCAUUGAUGAUGGCGUAACCCCCGGUGACAGGCAGGGGGCGGGGGGGUUGGACUCCUCUUUCUUCAGUCACCUGAAACGCAACUGGAUCUGGACAACCCAUGUGCUCAACAAACCCAAAAAGCCUGGAGAAAGUCAGACUGUGAGACUGAGGAACCUGCUGUCCAAACACCCGUUCCCCAAAUCUGUGUGUGCAGUGAUCCAGAGCAGGGCAGGGAAGUUAGUGCCACCUGCAGUGCUGGAGGAGGAGGUGCAGCUGGCUAAAGAACCCCAAUCCAGAAACCAACAGGGUCGUGGAGGGAAGUGGCUGAAACGCAAGCGGCCGAGGAAAGAAAACAGCAAGCCAGUCAAGAAGAAGAGAAAGGUGGUGAGUGUGCGGAAGCAGACUCUGUGUCAGGAUGAAACUGAUCGGAAGGCUCUGAUGCUAAUGACCAGACAGAGGGUCUCUUGGACACAUCUAGAGGACAGUGUCCUCAUGCUAUGUAGGGUUGCCAGUCAUUUCCUCAACCGCAAGAUUAAGAGGCCAUUUGUAGCUUGGAAUGUAGUGCGUGAUAUUCUCCACAAAGAAUUGGAGACGUCUCUGGAUAAAACCUCCUUAUCAGUCGGACGACGUUCACGCUAUAUUAUGAAGAACCCUCAGACCCACCUUAACUACAGGAUAUGCCUUGCUGAAGUGUAUCAGGAUAAAGCUUUGGUUGAGGGCUUCAUGAACAGGACCAACAGUUAUGAAGACCCACAGGUGUGUGCUCAAGAAUUUAAUGAGUUUGUGAGCGCGCUUAGGUCAAAGUUCAGCUCCAGCUAUGGUGCCAGUGAUGUUGUCAUCCCAGAUACAAAAGAGGAACUCUUCCACAAGUUUAAAGUGUAUGCCAUUGGGGAAGAACCAGCAACACGAAUCACAGAUGUACUUACCAGUAAGGAGGACAUUCACACCUUGGUGCUGAAUAAUUUGAUCCAGAGCACUCUGGUCCUCUCCAACUCACAAAUGAAGUCCUGCCGGUCCUUCCAGUCCUUCUCUCUGUAUAGUAGGUAUGAUGCAGAGGUUCUGCAGCAUGCUUUUCAGGACUGUAAGAGGCGUGGUCUAGUGAACCGUCGCCGUGCCAACAAAGUCCUUGGUCCCAGGAAGGGCAGAGCUGUCCCAUUCCUGGCUAUGUCCUAUCAGCUCUCUCAGCACUAUUACAGGUAUUUCACAUGGCGUUUCCCCAGCACUGUGUAUAACGAGGUCUAUGAUCUCCUGGAGGUCCUGCAGCACGUCCAGCGAGCAGACAGACCCCACACCUUCUCUUUCCAGAGAGGCAGAGGCAGCAACACCAGUCAGGUGGAGCAGCCAGACGGGGGGCUUCAGCAGAGUGGAGGAGAGGCCACAGAGCCCCUAGUGCCCCCUAGUGAUGUAGAGGACAUGGUGCUGUUUCCCAUUGACGCUCCGGGAGGGGCGUCGGCCUGCUGCCUGUCACUUAUGACUCUGGGUCUGCUGGCUGUGGAUGUCUCCAUUCCCCAGCAGGUCGUGGUGGUGGACAGCACCCUGGUGGACAAUGAAGUGGUCAAAAGUAUCACUAAAGAACUGGAUGAGGAGGAGGAGGGUGAUGAAGCUGGCAGAGAUGAAGAGAGGCGGGCACGUGUGCAGGUAAAGGCACGACAGGCAUCUCACACCAACUACCUGCUGAUGAAGGGCUACUUCAUCCCAGGAAUCAUCAGCCUGAGGAACAUCAACUCCUCCGAACACGUGGCAGUCAACUCCUGCACCGUACAUAUACAGCUGCGCAAAUCAGCCUCGCACACGCUGUUCAGAGAGAGUGACAGUACUCUUGCCCUGAUCAGCCAGUCCCGUGCGUCUGCUCUUCCAGCCACUUUCACGCGUGUGUUAGGCCGGGACAGGUCGUGUGGGCGGAGCUGGGUGGAUGAAGGCGUGGCCAUGCUGGGCUACACUCCCUCUGAUGUGGAGGCAGGGCAGCUACUCAGGGCCGCAGUGGAGAAGGAGGCGGAGUUUGGCAUCGACCGCCGAGACCUGUGCAGGAGGUUCUCCCACCUGGAACAAGUGGAGGAAAACAGGAGCAGAUCACUGCAGCAGUAUAUUCAGGACCUGAUCGAGAUGGAGGAGCUGGUGGAGGUUGGUGCUCUCACUGCUCGGCUGGUGUGUGUGGAAUACUCUGCUCCGUGGCUGCUCUACUGCCCCACCCAUGUGCGCGAGGAAGCUCCACCCACUCCUCUCCAUCCGACGCUGAAGAGACCCUCCCUCCCUUGGGGAACUGUCGACGACCCUCCUCUGGCCAAGAGACCUGCCCGAGAGGCCCUCCCGCCCACCCCACAUCAACAAGAGAAUGAUGCUAUGGAAACCACAGAGAUCAGCUCAGUGAAGAGUGCUGCUAUGGCGACUGUUACACUGGAGACUGUUGCACCUAUAGUGGAAUGUAGUGAAAAGGGGUGUGAUCCAUCAGACCCGCCCACCUCAGACAGGGUGGCAGGGGAGGCGUCGGCUUCACGUGUGACUGACGGCCCUCCUCAGACGGAGCAGGACCCAGCCUCAGGUGAAGGAUUGUAUGUUGAGAGCUCAGAAAAUGACGUGCUGAGGUUCGUAGCUCGUCCGUGGCGUAUAGUGGACGGCUCUUUGAACAGGCCCGUGUGUAAGGGCAUGUUGGAGGCGCUGCUCCUGCACGUGAUGAGCCAGCCCGGCGUGCAGGAGCACUCCCUCCUGCAGCACUACAGUGGAGUCCUGCAACCCGUCAUCAUCCUCGAACUUCUGCAGGUGCUUAUUGAGCUGGGGUGCGUGAAAAAACGGUUCACAUUGAAUCGUCCGAAAGUCUCUCUGUUCUCGCGACCCAGUGCCCCCCAGGUCAGAGGUCAGGGAGAGGUCAGUGUGAGCGAGGAGGUGGUGGCCUUCUAUGAGCCAACAGUGGACUGCAGUGUGAGGCUGGCACACAUUUUCCCCCAUGAGACUAGCUGGAACCGAUGGGUACAGCUGUGUGUGCGCUGAACCUGUGUGCGUGUGUGCGCGCUGACUGCGUGAGAGUCAAAACAAUUUUUUGUUUUUUCCAAAAGCACAAGUUUAUUGUACUUUUGCAUUUAUUUUAGAAGGUAUAGCUGUUUCUGCAUAAAUUAUUGUGAAAAACAUGAAUUUCUGCACUUGCACAAAUCUAAUAAAGACAAAAUAGUUUUUUAUUUAAGUGCUUAUGUGAAAAACAUGAAUUUCUACACUUGCACAAAUCUAAUAAAGACAAUUUUAAAAACUAUUUUUUAUUUUUAAGUGCUUGUGAAAAACAUGAAUUUCUGCACUUGCACAAAUCUAAUAAAGACGAAAUAAAAAAUA